AUGCUGGCGUCGGACUGGACUUCUCAGUAUCACGUCCCGGACCAGAACUCCAGCAAUCCCUUCUCCAGUGCGGACGUCCAAGCCGCCUUUUCGAGCGGUGCUUUCUCCAACAACCCACUGCAGACUUCUCCCGUCGACUAUAUGCCUUCAUCGCAGGCUCAGAUGUCGUCGUCGUUCACCAUGGCCCCGAGCAACGAUUUCAUGCAAUAUUCUACCAGCAUGGCGCCGAUGAACGCCCCGGCUUUCCAAAUGAGCGACUUCACUCAGGAAUUGAACUCCAUUCCCCAGUACGGGAUGCCGAAUAACAACAGCUUCAUCAACCCGCCGAGCCUUCCGAAUAGCUCCCCGGGUGAGAACUGGAUCGAUGAUGGGUCCUUGUCGAGUCGAAGUGACAAUGGCUGGCAAUUAAUCUCCGCCCCUCCCUCGCGUGCGUCGUUUGAUUCGUUCGACUACCCUAGCGAUGUCGGUGUGAGCCCCCAAGCUCUCCACCUGUCUCGUCCUCGGACCGAGUCGAGUUCGUCCGAUGAGUCCAACGUGCCUCUCUCUGCACACUCGAUGAGCAGCUUCGAAGAGAUUCCGUUCCCGAGGAACUCGCCUGAGUCUGAUGCUGUCCUUGACUAUCAGCCCCAGCAAAUAUCAGCACAUGGUUUCCCCAUGGUGUCCAAUGACAACGUUAGCCACUACCACACCCAUUCGCACUCUCACUCCCAGUUGCAAUCUGCCAUGGUUUCUCCUCAACCGGACAUGGUCACUCCUUCACGAGAAAUGGUCUCACCGCUUGCAAUUCAGCCGGCUUCAUCACCCGUCUCAACCGGCUCCGUCUCUCCCGGUGGUACCUCUCCAUCUUCUCGUCGAGCCAAGGGUGCGUCGGCACCGUCCGGAGUGACGCCCAAGACCAUCAAUAAGAAGAAGACCGCUGCUCAGAGCAAGGCUGACAAAGCCAAUGACAAGAAGCUCGGAAAGAGGAAGGGUCCACUCCGGCCCGAACAACGGCAACAGGCCCACGAAAUUCGCAAGGUUCGCGCCUGUCUUCGAUGCAAGUUCCUGAAAAAGACUUGCGAUACCGGUAACCCAUGUGCUGGAUGCCAGCCCUCUCACGCCCGUCUCUGGAUCGUCCCUUGCACACGCAAGGAUAUCAAGGAGAUGAACUACUUCCUUGAUAAGUGGAAUAAAGAUUACGAGCGACACAUCACGCUCGGAUUUUCGAUCGCGAACAUCAAAGGCUUCUCGAAUGUCGAGCGGCUCAUUUACGUCACUCAUGGCUAUGGUCAUCAGCUCCCUAUCACGGCCCGCGAGGUAUUCGUUCGUGACGAAAGUUGCUUCUCAAUUGAUUGGGUCGAACGGGGUGCUGGUGAUCCGAAGAAGAAGCACCAUGAACACGAGUUGAUGACCAACAGGCUGUCGGCCGGCAUGGAAGGCGUCUCGCGAGCGGCCGUGUCCGAUUAUCUCGAUAAGUAUCUUGACGAAGACUUCGAGCAUUGGGUCGAUGAAUACCUUGAUGGUACUCCAUUCCUCGUUGAGUUCAUCAAGAUGGUGUACCGCUUCUGGUGCCGCACUCGUCUUCCGGUCAUCCGCAAGGCGCUCAAGAUGAUGGUCGCGUACAGCCUCACCUGCCACAUCACCCUUGUCCGCGGUCUCACUGCUGAAGAGGCUGAAGUUGGUCGUAUUGAGGAGGCCACUUCCAAAUGGCAGGGCGAGACCAUCUCUCCCGUCAUGGUCAACUUCCAGGUCAAGAAAGCGAUGGCAGAUAUGUGGCGUGAACUGAUGAAGGACGUGCUCGAGGAGUUAUCGUCAUCCUUCUCUUCGGUGUACAGCGGGGACAAACUGAAGAACUGGCCCACGAUAUUUCUGCUGGCGUCGAUGGUGUUGGCUGUGUGGGAAAUGAUCCAGUUCGACAUGCACUAUCGUGAGAACGACGAGGACGCCAUCCAGAAGUUUGACAAGGAGAUGGAGGAGGUUCCUGUCGGCACUCUCAUCGGGCUGUUCACCGCGAUCUCGCAUCAAUUGCCGAGCUUCUUUGAUUGGGACACCCAGAAGCACCACAAUGCCUUCCAGUCGAAUCCUGCUGUGUGUGAGGCGUUGACGGAGGUGAAGCAUCAGGCCGCCAAAUAUGAGACGUACCUCCGCGGUCGCAAUGAGGUGGCCAAGUACGACCGGGAGGACUUCGAUUCGUUGUCGAACAAGUUCCUCUCGAGGUUGGUCAUUCGGGCCAAUUAG